ACACAAUCCCAUACAGCAAACUGGUCACAUCGAAUCGCGCAACUGGUCACAUCAAAUUCCGAAAAAUCGUCACUCAAAAGCAAAAAGAAAAAAAUAGGAAAAUAGAAAAGACAGCAGAAAAAUAAUUUGGGCGAACAAAAAAACAAAAGUGCAAAAGUCGUGUGGCACAAAAACAGAAGAACAAGAAGUAACGACUACAAACGACAACAGUAACAAUAACAAUGUCAGGCAACCGUCCCGAUAAAAAUCUAUUUGGCGAGCCCAAUUUCGAUUUGGAUAAUCCAUUUGCGGAUCCCGCCAUACAGCAGGCGACACGCAUGUCCACCAACGUGUCGCUGGAGGAUUACAAUCCGUUCGAGGAGCAGGCGAAGCCACAGCUGCAGAUCAACUCCACGAACACGGCGGCCGUGGUGCAGCCGCUGUCACAGAAUGUGCCGCCCCCGCAGCCAAGUUCGUUGGGCGCAUCGGCGCCCAGCACCAGCAUACAGAUCACAUCGGAGGAGCUGCAGCGUCGCCAGGAGGAACUCGAUCGCAAGGCCGCCGAACUGGAUCGACGCGAACAGCAGCUGCAGGGCAACGUGCCACAGUUGAACAAUUGGCCGCCGUUGCCCGAUAACUUCUGCUUGAAGCCUUGCUUCUAUCAAGACUUUGAGGUCGAAAUUCCGCCCGAGUUCCAAAAGCUGGUCAAGCACUUGUACUACAUCUGGAUGUUCUACACUAUGACGCUGUGCGCCAACAUUAUUGGAGGUCUCAUCUUGCUCUUCCAUGCGGGCAACAUUUCCAAUCUGUUCUUGGCCAUCUUCUACACUGUGCUCUUCACGCCCGCCUCCUACGUGUGCUGGUUUCGGCCGGCUUAUAAGGCAUUCCGCAACGAUUCGAGCUUCAAUUUUAUGGUCUUCUUUUUCGUGUACUUCUUUCAAACGGUUUACACGGUCGUCCAGGCCGUUGGCUUCAAUCAGCUGGGCUAUUGUGGCUUCAUCACGGCCAUCUCGCAGUUCGAUAGCACAGCUGCGGGCAUCGUUGUCGGCCUGUUGCUGUUGAUCAUUGCGUUCUCGUUCGCCAUCACUGCGGGCGCCAAUGUGCUGAUGAUCAUGAAGAUCCAUUCGAUUUAUCGCAGCACUGGCGCCAGCAUGGACAAGGCCAAGGCUGAGUUUACCACAGAGUUUCUGCGCAAUCAGCAUGUUCAGGAGGCGGCCUCCUCAGCAGUCAGUUCGGCGGUGAAUUCACAGUUCAACAAUAGCAGAUACUAAACAGCAGCAGCAGCAGCAGAAGCAGCAGCGGCAAGCAGUAAGCAGCAAUAAUCAAUCCGAUCAAUCAAUCAAGCAAACAAAGCAAGCAACCAACCAAUCAAUCAACCAAACAAACAUAACAAGCACAGCAAGCAGAGCACAGUGAAGCAGUAAUCGGGAAGCAAAAACCAGACCAAGUUGAGCCACAAAAAAAAACGAUGAUAAAUACCAGCGUAUAACAAACGUACAUACACACAUACACACAAUUAUAUAUAUAGAUAUAUAUUUCUAUAUAGACUUAAAAGCAAAACAUAAAAGCAGCAACUAAAAACUAAUUGCUUUGUGCAUAAAACAAUUCCUACAAUGCCGUCGUCCUUAUUACAAUUAGCAACUACUGUAAUGAUUAAUCUAUGAUAUAGAACACACACACACACUUUAAACACACUCUUUAAUAAUCGAUUAUGAUGAAAUUAAUCUGCAAGCAACUGCAAUUUUGUAAACUGAUACUUAAACUACAACUUGGAAAUGGUAAUCGCAAAACAAAUGAGAAGAAAACAAAACAAACACAAGAAAAAGAAGAAAAAAAAAAUCGGCGCACGUUGCCUUCGUAGACAUUCUGGCCUAAGAUUUGCUGAAACGCAAUGAUAAAGCA